CACUUCAUCAUUUCAUUGCUUUACCCUAUGAACCUCUAAUCCCUGUGCUCACAACCAGAAUCCCGUAACUUGUCUGAAAUCAAAUCCCAGGUGAAACAGCAGAAUAUACAAAGUUGGUGAGGAUGGGUGACACGUCAGCUUCGUACAUACACAUGGUACAACAUCUUAUAGAAAAAUGCUUGAUCUUCCGUAUGAGCAAAGACGAAUGCAUGGAAGCUCUUUCUAAACAUGCAAACAUCAAACCAGUCAUCACCUCCACCGUGUGGAAUGAGUUGGAGAAAGAGAACAGGGAGUUCUUCGAGUCCUAUUCAGAGACGAGCCAACUGAUUCAGAAGAUCAUAUCUGACCAUAAAGCAAACAGUUCAGACAGUGAUGAUCACAAGUAACUUGAUAGUUGCAUAAUUUAAUAUACCUCAAGCCAAAUCAACAGACCAUGUGUACAUUGAAGCAAACAUGAAUCUUGGUGAAUCUAUCUGGUUGUGAAGCUGUCACAGUCUUGUAGAGUUUUUGUAUGGAUGGUAAACUAUGGCGGAAAUAUGUUUUGUUUUGUAUUCUUGUAAUGUAGAAAGUACAAAUGAAGCUAAAAUUGUUGGGUCCA